CAGAAAUAUGAUGAUCCCGAAAUAAUUUUCUUACGAAGUACUCCGAAACCGUUACUACCAAUCUCUGGAAAACCUGCUUUGAAUUGGUGGUAUGAUGGUUUGAGGCGUCAAAUUGAAGGUGAUGUUUUUAUCGUGACCAAUGCUCAUAAUUAUUCAAGUUAUUUGAAAUGGGCAAGUUCGAAUAGUAUUCCGAGAUCUAAUAUUAUUAAUAAUGGAUAUACAUUACUUGAGAAUUGUCAAGGCAUAUUUGAGGAUAUUGAGCUUGUUAAACGUGUCAAGGGUUUUGUAAACUCUAUUAUUGUUGUGCAAGCCGAAUUAUUAUUCGAUUCUUUUAACGACUCAUCUAUAAAUCAACUAUUAUUUGAUAAUGAAUUUAUUAAAUUUAUUUUUUAUGAUAAUGAAUUAUCUGAACAGAAUAUAAACAAUAUAACUUCAACAAAUCUAUUUGAUACAACCAGAGAAUUCUACCAAGAUGGGAUCAUCAAUACAACGAACUUGAUCGCAAUCGUGUUUCAUUCGAAUGCAUUGUAUUUAAUUGAGGAAUAUGCAGAUGCAUUAAAAAAUAAAAGAAUGAUAAACACCAAUGAUUCUUCUGAUUGCAUCGAAAAGUUUAUUCAGUUCACUAUGAACAAAAAUCAGGACAUAAAAAUGAUUAUGGCUUUAUAUAGAUCUAUUUUCAAAUGGAAAGAUCCGUCACUAACUCUGAGAGAAUAUUUGUCUUUCUUUAAAUCAUUAUUCGACAAUUCUAUAGACACCCAAAAAAAUCUUCCAUCCUAUCAUCAAUUAACAACAAUAACAACACGUUCAUAUGCUCGUAUAGGUUUAAUGGGUAACCCAUCAGAUGGUUUCUAUGGAAAAACAAUAUCACUAUUGAUUUCCAAUUUUUUUGCGGAAAUUACACUAAUCCCCAAUAAGUUCUCUCAUACACAAGAAUAUUCCAAAAUUGAAUUUCUUCAUUCUAUUAUAAACACAACAUGCUCAUUCUUGACUCUUGAAUCUUUAUCAAUAUUAUCAUUAUUUGAAGGUUAUACUAAUGCUGAUAGAUUAUUUCAAGCAACUUGCAAAGUAUUCUUUAUAUAUUGCAAAACAAAUAAUAUUGUUCUUCAUAAACAAGGGUUUAUGUUAUGUUAUGAAACAAACAUACCACGACAAGUUGGAUUGGCUGGUUCUUCCGCUAUAAUCACUGCGUUAUGGAAAACAUUAAUGAAAUUUUAUAGGAUAGGGAAUAGUGACAUUUCGUUAGAAAUGCAAGCAAAGUUAAUACUUGAUGUAGAGCUUAUUGAACUAGGUAUUAACGCAGGGCUACAAGAUAGAGUCAUACAAAGCUUUGGAGGAGUUAUGUAUAUGGAUUUUGAAAGAGGGGUUAUGGAGAAAAACGAUGGAAUCGGAAAAUAUAUAAGAGUUCCAAGUGAGUUAAUACCCGAACGCUUGUGGAUUGCUUACGAAGGGAAUCCUAGUGAUUCAGUAAAGAUCUCUGAUUUGGAUAUGGGUUUAAGGAUCAAUCCAGGUAGAAAGAUCUCUUAUUUGGAUAUGGGUUUAAGGAUCAAUCCAGGUAAAAUUCAUAGUGAUGUGAGAAAAAGAUUCGAGGCUGGAGAUCGAAAG